AGCGAGAAAGAGGAUAAGCGUUUAACUUGCCAUCGUGAAACUAACAGAAUCUUUUAGACGCCAUUCACACUCUGUAGUAUUACUAUUUUCGUGAGAGACUCGUGUUAAGUACGGUGAAUAGUUGAAUUUUAUUUAAUAUUGUCUUGCACGUUUUUAAAUUCAUUUGACUUAUAUAUUUUGAGACAUUACAUUGAGUGUUGACACGUUAUAUAGUAACAUGUUUAAAGACGGCAUAAUGUUUGUUUUGUUACUAAUGAUUUUCACUUGUAUAGGUUAUGCUUCGUCUGAAACAUGUUUAAUUAAUACCGAAUUGAACGAUCCAAAUGAAAAUGUGGAGCAACAGCCAAUUAUUUACAAUUAUAAACGACGCGCGGAAAAUUCACCGCAUUUUGUUUACCCGCCAAAUUACUCUGAUAAAGACGAUUGUAUCUGUAUGCAACCGAGUCGUUGUCGCAUUCAUCUUGCAUGCCCAGGUUCUUACGUAAAUCUUUACAAGAACUCUGGCGACACAAGUUUUUGCAACAAACUGAGAACAACUUUUAUGACAAACUACGAUAUAUUACGUAAAUUUGAUUUGCACAACUGUGAAGCUGGUUUGGAAUCUGGCUAUAAUGUUAGAUGCGAAGGGAAUAUCACAGCAGUCAUGAAAAGCUUGGAAAGUAGAAAACGAACCGAAUUUAUCAAAUUUUAUGCUGUUGGCUUUGAAUUGAAUUUGGUUGACUUUUUGUCAACUUAUUACAUUAUGUUUGAUCCGAGGGAUUCUCGAGCUUUUCCUUUGGCACAUAGCAAAAUAAUUUCUAUUGUAGAGAAAAGACAGAAAUAUGAUACAGAUCACGAUUACAAUUUUGGAUUGAUUUACCAACAAAAGACCGUCAACUUUACUGAUAUUUAUUCGAAAGAACAACAAAUGUUCGAGUUUGAAAGACAAAUUCAAAACAAAUCAGUGAUCGACAAAUAUUUCUCGAAUGGUAACUAUUUAGUUAGGGGUCAACUUAUAUCAAAAGACGAUUUUUAUUAUGUGAGCCAGCAGAAGACUACAGCGUUUUACGAAAAUACAGUUCCAAUAUGGCAUAGUAUUAACGAUGGAAAUUGGAAGUUAAUUGGACAAAUCGUUCGCAAACUAGCCGACAAUUCUUUAUCAAAUUUUAACAUUUUCGUCGCACCAGUUAAUUACUUUCACAUAGGUGAUAGAGAAAUAGUAUUGGAAAGUGAAAAAAACUUGGCUCCGGCGCAUCCUGUGUACAUUCCUGAAAUAAUUGUCAAAGUAGCAGUUGACUCUACGGAUAUAACACGAGGAGUUGUAUUUCAUACUGUUAAUGAUCCUUAUACUACCGUGGAAAAUGUGUCGGGUUUUAAGUUGCCUGACAAAAGAACACUUUGCGAAAGUUAUAUGAAUUGUCAUGAUAAUCAUCCUGAAUUUUCUAAUGUAACUAGAGGAUUAACUUUUUGUUGUACACUUCAAAAUAGUAAUGUUUGGGAAAUUGUUAAAGAAAUCUUUCAUCCAAAUUUAAAGUUUAAUAUGAUGAUUUGAUUUUGGUUUGGUUUAAAAGUAAAGGCUUAAUAGUUUAUUAGACACAUUGUAUGAGAAUUAUUAAUUUUGAUUGCAAUAAAAGUAAAAUGUAGGUUUUCUCAAUUUUUUGAUUCAAUAAUACCUAUGGUAUUUACGGUUGCUUUACAUCGUAUUCUUAAUAGAAAAAGGAGUUUGAAUCUCUUAAUUAUAUUACCUGUAUUGACUUAGCAACGUAAAGAAACAGUAUUUCACUAUGAAUAUAUAUUAAAAUUUAUUUUAAAUCAUAUAUGUAAUGUGCAUUAUAAACUUUAUAUCUUUAUGAUUUGUAUGACAUUGAUUACUAUCAAUAACAAAGUUUUAUUAACUUAAACAUCAUUAUUAUUAUUUUUUCAAAUUUUAGAUCUAAUUAUCUUUGCAAAAUAAGUUUGUUUGACGUACACUGCAUAAUUAUUUUUCAACAAAGAACGUAUGCUUGCGAACGAAUGUAUUGGCACAAAUAUACCUAAUCUAGAAAAAAUGGUGUUUAUGUAAAUUAAAAUUAUAAUGUUUUCCGAAAUAUAUGUUUUAAGAAUAGAUUUUUUUAAAUUUUAUUUUGAUCGGUAAAAUUGCACGAUAAAGCCGUUUAUAGUAUAUUAUUAUAUGCAUAAUGAUUGAUGUAAUUUGAAUGUAAUUUGAAUACGUCUAAAUCUUGCAAUAAA